AAGCAGCGUGAUUGGAUUACAACUCUGACGUCAAUUUUGGACCACAAGUGAUGUUAAAACAAUUUGAAUAUAUCGGAGCAUGGCUACUUCUUAAAAUGCAAAAGUUAAAGGAAAUUAUUGCUUAUCAAAACUUACUGAAUAUCUGAAUUUUCUAGACAUCCUGCAUUUAACUGUGUCCUUAAAUGUUCAUGAUUAAGAUCUCAUGCAACCAUUUUAUAUUUUGGAGACUAUUCUCCAAAAGAGAACUGUGCAUUUAAAAAGCAGAAAUGACUGUGUUUUCUUUUGGAACUUACUAAGGUUAAACAUACUGAAAGAUCAUGACCAGCUUGAAGCGGUCCCAGACCGAAAGGGCUGUUGCCACUGGGGUAUCAAUCGGAACAGAUGGCACCUCAAAAGUCCACUCGGAUGACUUUUACAUGAGGCGCUUUAGGUCACAGAAUGGCAGCUUAGGAUCUGCAGUCAUGGCACCAGUUGGACCACCUCGCAAUGAAAGUUCCCAUCAUGUUACCUCUACCCCCGGAGUCCCUAAAAUGGGGGUCAGGGCAAGGAUUGCUGAUUGGCCUCCAAGGAAGGAGAAUAUCAAGGAAACAAGCAGAUCUAGUCAAGAUAUUGAAACAUCAAGUUGCCUAGACAGCAUGUCUUCUAAAAGCAGUCCUGGGAGUCAGGGAAGCUCUGUUAACCUGAAUGCUAGUGAUUCUGUCAUGUUAAAGAGCAUCCAGAGCACACUUAAAAACAAGACAAGACAAUCUGAGAAUCUAGACUCCAGGUUUCUUACACCUGACGGCUAUCCCAGUUCCCCAAGGAAAGCUCUUCGCCGAAUAAGACAGCGCAGCAACAGCGACAUUACCAUAAGUGAGCUCGAUGUGGAUAGUUUUGAUGAAUGUAUUUCACCCACUUUUAAAUCUGGCCCAUCUCUGCACAGGGAGUAUGGCAGCACAUCUUCCAUAGAUAAGCAGGGAACUUCAGGGGAAAGUUUUUUUGACUUACUGAAGGGCUAUAAGGAUGAAAAGUCUGAUCAGAGAAGCCCAGCCACAACUAAGCUCAGUGAACUCCUGAUUGCCAGUGGAAGCAAGGGUUCAGGAUUCUCUCUAGAUGUGAUAGAUGGGCCUAUAACUCAAAGGGAAAAUCUGAGACUCUUUAAGGAAAGGGAGAAGCCUCUCAAGAGACGUUCAAAAUCAGAGACAGGAGAUUCAUCCAUUUUUCGUAAGCUGCGCAAUGCCAAAGGUGAAGGGGAGCUUGGGAAAUCUUCAGAUCUUGAAGAUAACAGGUCAGAAGAUAGUGUCAAGCCCUGGACUUGUCCGAAAUGUUUUGCUCAUUAUGAUGUACAGAGUAUUUUAUUUGAUUUAAAUGAAGCAGCAAUCAACAGGCAUAAUGUUAUUAAAAGAAGGAACACAACCACAGGUGCAUCUGCUGCUGCUGUAGCAUCGCUUGUCUCUGGACCCCUGUCCCAUUCUGCAAGUUUCAAUUCUCCAAUGGGCAGCACUGAAGACCUGAAUUCAAAAGGAAGUCUCAAUAUGGACCAGGGAGAUGAUAAAAGCAAUGAACUAGUGAUGAGUUGUCCUUAUUUUCGUAAUGAGAUUGGUGGGGAAGGGGAGAGGAAGAUCAGUCUUUCCAAAUCUAAUUCAGGAUCCUUCAGUGGAUGUGAAAGUGCCUCAUUUGAGUCGACUCUGAGUUCUCAUUGCACAAAUGCUGGAGUAGCAGUUCUGGAAGUCCCCAAGGAGAAUCUGAUUUUACACCUAGACAGAGUGAAAAGAUACAUCGUUGAACACGUAGACCUGGGCGCAUAUUAUUAUCGAAAAUUCUUCUAUCAGAAAGAACACUGGAACUAUUUUGGGGCAGAUGAGAACCUGGGUCCAGUAGCUGUGAGUAUAAGAAGAGAGAAGCCGGAGGAAAUAAAAGAAAAUGGACCUCAGUACAACUACCGGAUUAUAUUCAGAACCAGUGAGCUUAUGACAUUAAGAGGCUCUGUGCUGGAAGAUGCUAUCCCUUCAACUGCAAAGCAUUGCACAGCCAGGGGACUUCCGCUAAAAGAAGUGCUGGAGUAUGUGGUUCCUGAGCUGAAUAUCCAUUGCCUAAGGCUGGCCUUCAACACUCCAAAAGUCACAGAACAGCUUAUGAAGCUGGAUGAACAAGGCUUAAGUUACCAGCUUAAGGUGGGUAUCAUGUACUGCAAAGCGGGGCAAAGCACAGAAGAGGAAAUGUAUAAUAAUGAAUCAGCGGGUCCAGCUUUUGAAGAGUUUCUUCAGCUCUUGGGAGAACGAGUUCGACUCAAGGGAUUUGAAAAGUAUCGUGCUCAGCUGGAUACAAAGACUGAUUCAACGGGUACUCACUCUCUGUACACAACAUACAAGGACUAUGAAAUCAUGUUCCACGUUUCUACUAUGUUGCCAUAUACUCCAAACAACAAGCAACAGCUUCUGAGAAAACGACAUAUUGGAAAUGAUAUUGUGACAAUAGUUUUCCAGGAGCCUGGAGCACAACCAUUCAGCCCAAAGAACAUUCGCUCCCACUUCCAGCACGUCUUUGUCAUUGUAAGAGUGCACAGUCCCUGUACUGACAGCGUUUGUUACAGUGUUGCCGUGACAAGAUCCAGAGAUGUACCAUCCUUUGGACCACCUAUUCCAAAAGGUGUCACAUUUCCUAAAUCGAAUGUGUUCAGAGACUUCUUACUAGCCAAAGUCAUUAAUGCAGAGAAUGCUGCUCAUAAAUCAGAGAAGUUUCGUGCAAUGGCCACCAGGACCCGUCAAGAGUACUUGAAAGACUUGGCAGAGAAGAAUGUCACCAACACACCUAUUGACCCUUCUGGGAAGUUCCCCUUCAUCUCACUUGCUUCAAAAAAGAAGGAAAAGUCCAAGCCUUAUCCAGGAGCAGAGAUCUAUAGUUCUGGUGCUAUUGUAUGGAGUGUCCAUGCAAAAGACUACAGCAAGGGUAUGGAAAUAGACUGUCUCCUAGGCAUCUCUAAUGAGUUUGUAGUCCUCAUUGAACAGGACACAAAAAGCGUGGUGUUCAAUUGCUCCUGUCGAGAUGUGAUAGGGUGGACUUCAACGGACACAAAUAUAAAAAUAUUCUAUGAGAGGGGUGAAUGUGUUUCUUUGGAGAGCUUCAUCAGCAACAUUGAUGAUAUCAAAGAGAUCGUCAAAAGGCUGGAGCUUGUGACUAAGGGCUGUGAAACAGUGGAGAUGACUCUGCGGAGGAAUGGUCUGGGUCAGCUUGGUUUCCACGUAAACUAUGAAGGCAUCGUGGCAGAUGUUGAGCCCUAUGGCUAUGCAUGGCAGGCAGGACUGCGACAAGGCAGCCGGCUGGUGGAAAUCUGCAAGGUGGCUGUAGCCACUCUGAGCCAUGAGCAAAUGAUUGAUCUUCUCAGAACAUCAGUAACAGUGAAGGUUGUCAUCGUCCCUCCGUAUGAGGACUGUACACCACGCAGGAGUUCUUCAGAAAACUACCGUAUGCCAGUGAUGGAAUACAAGGUGAAUGAAGGAAUGUCGUAUGAAUUCAAAUUUCCUUUCAGAAAUAACAACAAAUGGCAGCGAAAUGCAAGCAAAGGGCAGGGGCCUCAUGUGGCUCAGGUGCCAUCCCAGAUACAAAGUCCGGUCACAUCUAGGAUUGGCUCUGGGAAAGGAGAAGGGAAAGUGCCACCCCCAGAACGAGCAGCCAACAUCCCCCGAAGCAUCUCUAGUGAUGGACGCCCAUUGGAGAGCCGGAGGUUGUCUCCCGGUUCUGAUGUCUAUGUCACGGUUUCAUCCAUCGCCUUAGCAAGAUCGCAACAGUGCCGUAAUUCUCCAAGCAACUUAUCCUCCUCAAGUGAGACUGGCUCUGGUGGGGGCACAUACAGACAAAAAUCUAUGCCAGAAGGGUUUGGAAUUAGCCGUAGAUCCCCUGCUUCCAUUGACAGGCAGAACACGCAAUCAGAUACGGGUGCUAGCGGCAAAUCCACACCCAGCUGGCAAAGAAGUGAGGAUAGUAUCGCUGACCAGAUGGAACCAACGUGCCAUCUCCCAGCAGUAUCAAAAGUACUGCCUUCCUUCAGAGAGAGCCCCAGUGGAAGACUGAUGAGACAGGACCCUGUGGUUCACUUGUCUCCAAAUAAGCAGGGUCAUUCUGACAGCCACUACUCCAGCCAUUCCAGCAGCAAUACUCUCUCCAGCAAUGCCUCCAGUGCUCACAGUGAUGAGAAAUGGUAUGACAGUGGAGAACGCACCGAAUCAGAGCUGAACAGCUACAACUACCUUCAAGGGACUUCAGCUGACAGUGGCAUAGAUACCACUUCCUACGGACCUAGCCAUGGCAGCACUGCCUCCCUGGGAGCAGCAACAUCUCCCCGUACAGGGCUAACAAAGGAGAAAGUGGCACCGCUGUGGCAUAGCUCCAGCGAAGUGGUCUCCAUUGCAGACAGGACAUUAGAAAAAGAGAGCCACAUGGACCGAAAGACCGAGUCUUCACUGAGCCUGGAUAUUCACAGCAAGAGUCAACCAGCCUCCAAUCCUCUAACGAGGGAGAACAGUGCUUAUAGUCUUAGUGAUGCUGUCUCACAUACAAGUACCAUGAGCUCACGACACUCUGCCAGCCCGGUUGUUUUCACCAGUGCCAGAAGUUCACCUAAGGAAGAGCUUCAUUCUGCUACUUCUCCCCAGCUCGCACCUUCUUUCUCCUCCUCCUCUUCCUCCUCAUCUGGUCCUAGGACUUUCUACCCUCGCCAGGGUGCUACUAGCAAGUAUCUGAUUGGAUGGAAAAAGCCAGAAGGGACAAUAAACUCAGUGGGCUUUAUGGAUUCAAGAAAACGUCACCAGAGUGAUGGCAAUGAAAUGGCCCACCCUCAUCUGCGUGCUUCAGCAAGAGAUCUUCGAGCAUCACCAAAACGAGCAUCCAAGUCCACCGUUGAAGAAGAGCUGAAGAAAUUGAUAGAUCUUGAUAGCCCAACACCUGAAUCCCAGAAGAAUUUUAAGUCACACACUCUGUCCUGUCAGUCUCCCUUUCCCAGCACUCCUACCACAAGGCGUGCCUUGCAAAGGACUUUGUCAGAUGAGAGUAUUUACAGUGGUCAAAGGGACCACUUCUUCACCUCGCGGGCCUCGCUCUUGGACCAAGCCAUGCCAAAUGAUGUCCUAUUCACCAGCACAUACCCUUCUCUCCCAAAGUCGUUGCCAUUACGGAGACCAUCAUAUACUUUGGGAAUGAAAUCACUACAUGGAGAGUUUUCUGCCUCAGACAGCUCCCUCACUGAUAUCCAGGAGCAAAGACGGCAGCCCAUGCCAGACCCUGGUCUUAUGCCAUUGCCUGAUUCUGCCUCCGAUCUGGACUGGUCAAACUUGGUAGAUGCUGCCAAAGCCUUUGAAGUUCAGCGAGCUUCAUUCUUUGCUGCUGCUGAUGAAAAUCACAGACCCGUGAGCGCUGCCUCCAGCAGUGAUCAGGCUGAGGACCAGCUUACUGCACAGAUAAAGCCUUAUACAGGUAAAGAAUCUCCUCCAACUCUUGCCUCUAAGGUGGACCAACUGGAAGGUUUGCUGAAGAUGCUGCAAGAGGAUUUAAGGAAGGAAAAAGAGGACAAGGCCAGUCUUCAGGCUGAAGUGCAACAUUUGCGGGAGGACAACUUGAGGUUACAGGAGGAAUCCCAGAAUGCCACUGAGAAACUGAAGAAAUUCACCGAGUGGGUUUUCAACACAAUUGAUAUGAACUGAGAACAGUGUAUGGGGAAGGAAACUAUCUGUUAUGAAUAUUAUUACUGGGACUUAAGCUUUAAUGCCACCUUAAUCAUGACAUGUGAAAGUAUAGUCAGAGCACUUCCCUGUCCUUCAUCCUCCAAUAACCCUUUUUUGCAUCUCUGCGUGCAUUCAGAACAAUUGCAGAUCAACAAUUGAUGUCUGCCUUUUGUAGAAAAAACAAAGUAAAUAAUUUUAAAAAGGUAAAAUAAAAGUUUAACUGCUAAAA